AUGCCCGAGAAGCAACAAAUGACCAAGGGCGAUAGCUCUCGUAUCCAGUCUUCUGAGGCCAAGUCUGGUAACGAUCCUGGCUUUGCCGCUCGUGCUCAGGCUGCAGGUGAUAAGAAUGCCAAUGCUGGAAACCAAGGUGGCCAGAACAACUCUGGAGGCAACAAGAAGUGA